CAUCAUACUUGGUGGCCUUGGCUGCCUAACGAUCGUCUUGUAGACCUCAUCCUCGGAUAUCCAUGUCUCCUCACACGAGCUUUCCUCACGCUGGAGAUGCAUCUCGCGUUCGAGCGUGUUGAAUCAAACUUCCCAUGACAUCAUUCCCCAGAGAGCUCCUGCCGUCUUCGAUUUAUCGAUAGUUGAUUAGCAAUGCACUUUUGUACCCCUCUCGGCUAAGUAAUCAAAAUGCUCCUUCUCUUUAUUGCUCUACUUCUAUCAUUCCCAAACACAUACCCAUAACAACAGCACAUCACCAUGCCUGCAAUCGAAAAAGGUUCGACCGUCUUGGUCACUGGCGCUAAUGGCUUCAUUGGAUCUCACAUCAUUGAUCAGCUUCUUCAGUUGGACUACAAGGUUCGCGGCACUGUGAGAACUGAAGCAAAGGGUAAAUGGGUCCAAGAUUACUUCGAUGAGAAGUACGGACAUGGCAAGCUCGAACUCGUUGUUGUCCCCGACAUGAGCAAGAAGGGUGCUUUCGAUGAUGCCGUCAAGGGCUGCUCCGGCGUUGCUCAUGUCGCUUCCAACCUGUCCUUCUCCAAAAAUCCCAACGAUGUCAUUCCCGAAGUCAUUGCUGGUGUAACCCACACUCUCGAAGCUGCCAACAACGAGCCUUCUGUCAAGCGCUUUGUUUUCACCUCAUCUUCGACCGCCGCCACCAAUCCUGUACCCAACAAGGAGUUCAACAUCGAUGCUUCCACAUGGAACCAGAUUGCCAUCGACAAGGCUUGGGCACCCCCACCAUACACCGAGGCCGACAGAGGAUGGAACGUCUACGGUGCAAGCAAGACUCAGGCAGAGCAAGAGGUUUGGAAGUAUGUCAAGGAGAGCAAGCCUCACUUUGAAUGCAACACCAUCUUGCCCAACGCCAACUUCGGUCCCAUCCUCGACAAGGAUCAGGAUGCAAGCACAGCUGGAUGGAUCAGAGACAUAUUCACAAAGGGCUUUGCUCCUCAGCUUGAGCAGAUCCCACCACAAUGGUUCGUUGAUGUCCGCGACACUGCCCGUCUACACAUUGCCGCCUUGAUCGAUCCCGAAAUCAAAGAUGAACGUAUCUUCGCCUUUGCCGAACCCUACAACUGGAACACCAUCCUCGCCAUCAUGCGCAAGGUUCGCCCCGAUGGAAAGGUACCGGAAGAUCUCAAAGACAAUAGCAAGGACUUGAGCAAGGUUCUGCCCAAGCCUCGUGCAGAGCAGAUCCUGAAGAAGAACUUUGGUCAGGAUGGCUUCAAGGGUCUCGAGGAGGCCGUCAAACUGAACAUCCAGAACCUGUAGAAGACUGCGGCACAUCGAGAUGAUGCCUCAAGAUAUCGUAACCUACAGCAAUGGUUGCGUGGCCCAAUGGCAAGGCGCUUGACUACGAAUCAAGAGAUUCCAGGUUCGACCCCUGGCGUGAUCACAUCUUCUUUUGCUUUUUGCAUGUCGAAACUGGCGAUGUUUCGAGGGUGGUGACAAUUUUUUGCACCGAGUCUUAGAGCGUGUCGAAGCGGGAAGCUCGGACGCAGCGUUUUGCUUGGCAAAACAUGCUCGACAGCGGUAUGACCCUGGCAAUCAAUUGUUAUGUCUCUACAAAUGAUCACCCUUUUGGUACUAGAUGAUUCGAUUAGGGAGCUCCACCUGUCAAAAUGCAUAGUUUUCUCAAGAUUAGUAUGAUUGUCUGUAGAAAGCCGAUG